AUGAGUGACAGCAACGCAGACGCUGAGCGGAACGACAGUCCUGCUACAGACAACCACCCCGCGCUGCUCGACUGCUGUGGAGGGCUCAACAACGUCGAUUAUUCCAAGAUGGACUUGACGCUGAUGGGAGCCUUCCUAAAACACAUUAAUGUUUACGACUCCCGCUUGUGUAUUGCUGUGAUUGCCAUCCUUUUUAACCCUUUAUUUUGGAAUGUGGUGGCGAGAUGGGAGCAUCGUACACGAAGACUCUCUGGGCUCUUUGGUAGCCCCUACCUGGCCUGUUGCUGCUUGGGCUUCGUCAUUAUACUGCUAAACAUUUACCGCAGCCACAGUAUGACAGUGGCAAUGAAGGCCCAGGCCAGGUGGGAGGUGAUGGAGAGGACGGAGGUUUUCUACGCUGGGAUAGCUCUUAUGGUGUUUGGUACCCUUCUCGUAGUGAGCAGCUUCCUCGCUCUGGGAUUCACCGGAACCUUCCUAGGUGACUACUUUGGCAUUCUGAUGGAUGAGAAGGUAACAGGCUUUCCUUUCAACAUCACAGAGAACCCAAUGUACUGGGGCAGCACAGCUAACUACCUCGGCUUGGCACUCAUUGGUGCCAGUCCUGUCGGUCUAGUUCUUACUGCCAUAGUGGCCUUGGCAUACAAGGUGGCAAUAAGCUUUGAAGGACCAUUCACCGAACAGAUCUAUCGAGAGAGGAGUCUGCAACACAAACGUGAAUAAUUUCCCCCGGACACGUCCUAUUUCGGGUUCAGAUAAGGAUUCCCUCCGGUGUGAACGGACUGAGAGCCUUGGUCAUUAUUUGACCUCCUCCAUGGAUACGAAGGAAACAUCCCCAUUGCUGAUCCGUGUGUUUUUCUGUUAGUUCAAAGUGAUUUUGUGAAAGGGGAAUCUACAUGCAGGAUUUUUUCUAAUCCUGUCACAUGACUGUGACAUACUUUAGAUGUGCUAAAAAAGGAACCAGUCCUUUUGAGAUCGAGAAUCCAAAUAUCGAUAGUAUCAAUUCAAACGGUGGUUUAGUAUCAGAUUUAUAAUUUGCUUCUAUCCCCACAGUUCAGUGUGUAACCCACUUAAUUGUGUUAAAUAAUUAGUUUUUUUGUAAAUUAAAAAUAUACCUCAAACAUGCACUGUGAAACAUGUCUGAACCUUUUUGUGUUGACUGUCAUGUCUGUUUUAUUUAGGACCUAUAGCGCAUUUAAACAACAGAAGCUGACCCGAAAUGGUUCAGAGACGACACGUUUACCUUCCAGCUCUCCAAAAAAACCCAGUCUGAAAAUACAUGAAAAUCUGAAAGGUGUCUUUUGUUGUGUUACUGUGGAAAGUAAAAAUCACAGUGACUUUAGUGGUCAUUAAAAUGUGUUCAGAAUUUGCAAAAUGAUGAUUAUUCAUCUCCUAAGUCAUGACACACUGCUCCUCCCUACAUAAGCUGCCUUUAUAAGUUAAAGGUAUCGGUAUCAGCAAUACUGGCUCUGUAUUUACUUGGUAUCAGAUCAGUACUAAACCUUGCAGUAUUGCACAGCACUGCUAGAGGGCAAAUCUGCUUGAUCUAUCAACAUGUUUAACACUCAGCUGUAUCAUAUUUAUCUGUAUAUGUAUUAAAGAUCAGCAGCAGAAACCAGGAAGCCAUAAUAUUCUUCAAGGCAGGUAGAGCGCAGAAAUCUUUUCACAGAUAAGAUGUUGCAGAUGCAUAGUGCCGGACAAACCUGCUGCAACCGCUUUGUGCAACAUGCAUAACUGCCUGAUAAAGAAUUCAAUGUUUUUUAUAAUCUACAUCUAUCAAAACAGCAAACAGAGGGGGCAGUACUGCAGGGAUAUCAGAGGGCUUUGCUCAGUUGAGAUGUGCUAGUGAAUUAUGCAGGUGAGUCAGAAUGUAUAAUUCAAAUGCAUUUGAAGUGACUGGAGAAAUUCAUGAAUAACUUUUUUAAUUAUAUCUGUGUUUAAGAUCUCCAACUGUAUAUUAUUAUUAAAAGUCCCAGUGACCCCUUUUGUUUUAUAACUCUCCAAGUGUAUCGUCCUACAGAGGUGUGUCUGUGCGCUUUCCUGGCUGAAUUACUGAAUUUUACCUGUAGGAAGUGUACUGUUCUAGAUAUUACAUUAUGUAAAUUGCUUAUUUUUAAAGUGUUAGCCAAGACUGAAACCACAGUGUAACAAGGUCCCAGUUUAAUCUGAGUUCACUCAAAAGCCAACAUGAUAACUACCUUGUUUUUAAAAACAAUAUUUCUGAAUCAGCUACUGAGACGAACAUUUUCAAUGUCUGUUAAAGUAAAACAGAAAUUUUAAGGCCACUGAUCCGUACUUUAUAGUAAAAAUAUACAUGUAUUUGUAUUUGCUGUGGCUUCACACACUGUGUGAUGGUUUCAGUGUUAAGAUGCAUGGUACUGUACCUACUGUAUUAUGUUUAUCAUUUCAAAUUUCAGAGGAGCUGUUUCACUGCUGGCUUUACAGUGUCACUAUGCAAAUCAUUCCAAAGUGAACAAUGCACACUGCCUGCUACUUUAUGCUAAUGAAGUGUUUUAUGUAAUAAAGGAAUGAG